AUGGGGGACGAUCCGGGGAGGCUUUAUCGUUUGGAUGGAGUUGCUCAUAUCGCCGGGGUGAUCAACGACGAGCCUCGUCGUUGCAUAUCCAGCGUUAGGCGGCAGCAGGGGUUGCGUCUUGAUGAGAGGUACGUUCCAUACUUGCAGAUGGCCGGAUUGUACCAUCUUGCGAGACUGAACGACAGAUGGUUCCGACUAGACGAGCCCCUAGUCAGCGCAUUCGUCGAGAGGUGGCGGCCUGAGACGCACACCUUCCACAUGCCGUUCGGAGAGUGCACCAUCACGCUUAAGGACGUUGCAUACCAGCUGGGGUUGCCAGUGGACGGACAUUACACAUUUGGAGAGUGUCCCGACGGGGCUGAUGAGGAGACAGUUAGGCGCUUUGCCCGUGCCUAUAUCAUGAUGUUAUUGGGCACGCAGCUGUUUGCCGACAAGUUCGGCAAUCGUAUACACAUCAGAUGGCUACCCUAUGUUGCUCGGCUUGAAAAGAUAGGUGGCUACAGUUGGGGGUCGGCGGCACUAGCAUGGUUGUACCGGUGCAUGUGCCGAGUCGCCAACAGACAUGUCGUGAAGUUUCCUUCAUUUAGGCCUACUGGGUAUGAUGAGAUUAGCUGGCCCCUUUCCUCGAGAUGGUCUGGUUACAAUCCUGGGAUUAGCAACAAGGGACCUCGGGUACAGAUGGCUCGCCUGAAGAUCGACUUGUUACAGCCUCGGGAUUUCAUAUGGAUGCCGUAUAGCGCACUCGACGUCAUCCAGGUUGUCCAUCCGGAGGUCUUGGAGCCGCGGCAUACGAUGUUAUGGCGGUGUGUGACGUCCUUGAUUUAUUUUGCGGUGGUCGAGUGGCAUCAGGUUGAUAGAGUUUUACCGCAGUUUGGCGGCGUUCAGCCCCCCCGUGUCCCGCCCUAA